AUGGAAACUAUAGUCAGAUCCGCUGAUGAAAAUGAGAAAGAGGAUCAGACGGGCAUGACUUUGUUUCCCAAACUAAAUAGUUUUGAUCUAGACAGUCUUCCGAGUCUUGAGAGUCUUUGUCCUGAUGCUUCUACUUCUUUAUGGUCAGCCGCCAAAAUUAUGUUGGUGCAAGAUUGCGACAAACUGAAGACAUUGGCUUCAGUAAUUCCACAAAUAAAAAAGUUGGAGAAAGAUUCAACAGCUCAUCACGAAGAUGAAGAUGAAGGUAUUUCAUCAGGAUCAUGUGGAUGUACACCUUAUUCAUGUGGCCCAAUGACCAAACCUACUUCAAGAAGAAAUAUUGUUCAAAUAUUGCCACGUCCAGUCAAUCAAGAGGUUGCACCAACAAAUCUUGAUCAAGACUCAAAUGAUUACGAUAAUCUAGAACGUCUUUCUGUACAAUAUUGUGAGUCAUUGGAAGUUGUUUUCCAACUCAAGGGACCAAAGGCUGUUGAAAGCCACAAUGUUCAAGCAUUCAAUAAGCUUCGGAAACUUGACAUUCUUAAGUGUAUCCCACUGUGGCAGUUUGCGAUAUUUGUUCUUGUCAACUGUAGCCAAGCUCCUAGUCAAUUUAAAGACUUAAAAGUUGGGAAUUGUGAGAAGAUUGAACACGUUAUUGCAGAAGCAGACACUGAAUGUGCUGAUCAGGAAAUUACAUUUCCUCGAUUGAAUUCCAUGACGCUUGAAGAUCUACCAAACCUUAUCUGUUUCUCAACUGAAGCUUAUACUUUGAAGUUGCCAUCUUUGAUGGAAUUGAAGGUUAUAAAAUGUCCAGAUUUAAGAACAUUUGCUUCUAAGGUUGUCAACACACAUUCUGUAAUCCAAGUACACACAGAGUUGGGAAAGUCUGAGUGGAUGGGGGACCUCAAUAGCACUAUAGGGAACAUUCAUGAAAAAAGGGAAACACAGAGAAGUGCAGAGGUGAGUAUAUACAUGUUGCCAUCUCCAACUUCUCACUGA